AUGUCAUGCCGGAGAUGGUUUGUACUGACGUCGGGAUAUUGCGUCUUGUUUCUUUGUUCUGGUUUUGCCUUCAAUGUGUCCAUCCUCAUUCCCGAGCUUCUCCAUACAUUUGGGAGGAGUAAAGCAGAGACAUCUUUGGUUCCAGCAAUCACGGCAGGAAUUGGUUAUGUAGCAGGAACCCCUUGGGGAAAGUGUGUGUCCAGACACGGAACUAGAAUUACUGGGAUAAGUGGAAGUCUGCUGGUCACACUCGGCCUGAUAUUUUCCUUUUUUGCAACAGGCAUCCCCUAUCUCAUUGUUACAAUCGGCGUAUUCACAGGACUUGGUUUUUCUGCGACUUUUAUCUCCGCAACAACGAGUAUCGGAGAGUACUUUAAUGGGAAAUCUAAGCUGAUGGCGUUAUCCUUCCUUUCAUUUGGAGCAGGAUGCGGAGGCAUACUUAUUCCCUUCAUCCUUAACGCUCUCAUUGACGAGUUUGGCUUGAGAGGUAGUUUACUCAUCAUGGGUGGAAUAAUGGCACACAUGGUGUGUUUGUUUUGUGUUUGCAAGCCAGUAUCUAUCGGCAUUCCACAAACUAAAGAAAAUAACUCUGAACAUAACUCAAAACAAGGCAGUUUUAGUUUUACUAAUUCGCUUAAAUCACUUGUCGCCAAUAAGGUUUAUAUUCUACACGUAAUAGCCAUGUGCUUUACACUUCCGGUUGUCAACUCGUCAAAGAUAUUCAUCCUUGAUUUCUUGAUGACCCAAGGUUUUAACUCUCAGGCUCGGAUUAAACUCUAUAUGUGUUUGGAAGUAGGAACAGCAUUAGGUGGAAUGGUACCAGGAUUGUUAAAAAAGUAUAUACCUCACACCAGCGUUCUUUUGAUCCCCGCAUUUUUUACAAUCGUCGGCACAACAGUGUGUGCUUUCCUUCCUACUGCAGAAACGUAUAUCGAUCACGCGUUACUCCUAGUCUGCCUUGGGUUGACAUUAGGAGUCAGUAUCACCACUGUGUCAAUGACGACAAUGAAACUCGUUGGACUGCAAAGCUACACUGUUGGACUUGGAAUCCUGAUGACGCUCAUUGGUAUCGGUAACAGUGUCGGUGGACCAAUAGCAGGUACAAACGAGUUGAUCUGUGUAAAGUAG